AUGUCUCCCGCACCUGCUUCCAACGAUGUGAAGAAGGAGUCCGCGACGGCCCGUCUUCUGGGUUCCGGAACCGCUGGUAUUGCCGAAUUGAUGGUUUUCCAUCCUGUCGACACUACUGCGAAGCGAUUGAUGAGCAACCAGUCUAGGAUCACCUCUGCAAGCGCCUUGAACCAAGUCGUCUUUAAAGAAUACGCCACUGCUCCUCUUGGUCGCAAGUUCACCUCCCUCUUCCCGGGAUUGGGGUAUGCCGCCGGUUACAAGGUUAUGCAAAGAAUCUACAAGUAUGGUGGCCAGCCAUUCGCGCGAGACUACCUGGCUAAGCACCAUGGCUCCGACUUUGACAAUGCUUUCGGAAAGGGAACUGGCAAGGCGAUUAUGCACGCUACUGCUGGAAGUUUGAUUGGUAUCGGAGAAAUUGUCCUUCUGCCUCUCGAUGUUCUUAAGAUCAAGCGCCAGACAAACCCCGAAGCCUUCCGUGGCCGUGGUCUGUUCAAGAUCAUCUCUGAUGAGGGUAUGGGACUUUACCGUGGCGCUGGCUGGACUGCCGCCCGUAAUGCUCCUGGAUCUUUUGCGCUCUUCGGUGGUUCUGCUUUCGCCAAGGAGUACAUUUACAGCCUGACGGACUACAACUCGGCCUCGUGGUCGCAGAACUUCGUUGCCUCGGUUUGCGGUGCCAGUGCUUCGCUGGUUGUCUCUGCUCCUUUGGACGUCAUCAAGACUCGUAUCCAGAACCGCAACUUCGAGAACCCCGAGUCCGGCUUCCGUAUUGUGUCCAACAUGAUGAAGAACGAGGGUUUCACCAGUUUCUUCAAGGGACUGACUCCCAAGCUGCUGAUGACCGGCCCCAAGCUUGUGUUCAGCUUCUGGCUGGCUCAGACUCUGAUCCCCGCCUUUGGCCAGGUUGUAUAA